AAUCAAAACACAAUGUCAUCCACAGUUGAAUUACCUCUCCAAGAAGUAUUGCUAGCAACUAAAAAUUUUGCCGAGGAAAAUCUUAUUGCCUCUGGUGGAUAUGGGCCGGUGUAUAAAGGCGAAUCUGCAAGCCAUGGAAUGAUCGCCGUGAAGCGAUUGGAUCCAAAGAGCAGUCAAGGAGAUGUUGAAUUUAGAAAAGAGAUUUCUUUGCUUUCGGAAUAUAAACAUAGAAACAUUGUCUCUCUUCUUGGAUUUUGUGAUGAAAAUGACGAGAAGAUACUUGUUUAUAAGUUUGAAAGCAAUGGGAGUCUUAACAAACAUUUACACAAGAAAGAUUUAAGCUGGAUCCAACGUCUUCAAAUUUGCUUAGAUGCAGCUCGAGGGUUGAAGUACCUUCAUGAUGAUGUUGGGCUGCAGCAAAGGAUUCUCCACCGUGAUGUCAAAAGUGCAAACAUCCUGUUAGAUGACAAGUGGAAUGCCAAUAUUUCUGAUUUUGGGUUGUCAAGAAUAGGGCCUGCGAAUAUGCAAACUACUCUUCUUAUCUCCAACCCUUGUGGCACGCCUGGAUAUAUCGAUCCAGAGUACUUGCUUACAGGUAGUCUCACACAAAAAUCCGACGUUUACUCUUUUGGGGUUGUAUUGUUUGAAGUCCUAUGUGGGAGGCCCACAUUCGUUACCGCUUACAAAGACGAGCGUCAAUAUUUAAGUGUUUUGGUCAGAAAACAUCACGAAAGACAAACAUUGAAUAAGCUCAUUUAUUUUGAUAUACAAAAUCAGAUAGACGCUACUUCGUUGCGUAUAUUUACAACCAUUGCAUAUCAAUGUUUGAAGACUGGACCAGAACGUCCAACAAUGAACAAGGUCGUGCAACAACUACAGCAAGCUCUUGAUAUACAGCAAGGGUCAUCUUCCAAGCCAUGGAAAUAUGAUGUGUAUCUUAGUUUUAGAGGAGAAGAUACCCGCAAUACCUUUGUGAAUCAUCUUUCCUCUAAUCUUUUACAACAAGGGAUUCAUAUUUUCAAAGAAAAUGAAGCACUUCCCCGGGGUGAAGCCAUCAGUCCAAUCAUGCUCAAUGCUAUACAAGAAUCCCGUAUUGCUCUGGUAGUAUUCUCUGAAAAUUAUGCUGAUUCGUCGUGGUGUUUGGAUGAACUUAUGUGA